CAAAGGAAGUACACUUGGCUUAUGGCUUUAAGAAUGCUGUUUGACAAGCUGAAAGUAUUUUCUAAUUUUCUGACUGCUACGACCUGCGAUUAGUCUAAUUUGUGUACAUUGUAGGUACGCCGCCUUUCAGAUUACCUUAAUGGUGUCAAGAACACCUCUUAUUUUUUCCCCUCAAAGGGAUAUGGCGCUUCGAUUAGAUUUCAGGCUAUAUCGACGAUCAUUUACGCUAAUAGCCUAUUCGUUAUUAGCAACGAGACCUUUGUAGAGACAGUCCGUAGGCUACUUAUGGUCUGGUUUGCGAUGUUGUAGGCUAGUAGCCUUUUCAUUUGAUGCACCUGCCAUCUUCACCGCGACUCUUCAUCUUGAGGAUAUUUAGCGCCAGGCUAAAGAAGGAUGGCUGUUCCACCCAUCCCUCUGAAUACUGUCAAUGGUUGGGUCUCCUGUUUACGGGUGUGAAGCGAGACGUCUGUAUCAUUCCGAUAAAAUCCUCAAUUCACUAAUUGUGCGAAUAACUUUCUAAUAGCCGGUACGGUGGUCAGUGGUAUAGGCAACAAAGGGCGAUAAGCGGCGUUUAUCUGUGAAGUGAUCCACGCCUUAUUAUACCAUCAACAAGACCAUGUCCCCUCCAGCAUCGGCUGCGACUGCAAGUGAGAGCAGUACCACCACUGUUUUCGAGGAUGAGACGGAGUCCCCCAGAGAGGAGCAGAGGCCUCUGAAGCAGUCGCUGACCAAGUCACUGUGUCGGGAGGUGUUCUGGAAAUGCCUGCUGCUCUCCAUGCUCAUGUACGGCUGCAUCGGGGCCAUGGUGUGGUGUCACGUCACCAAGGUGACCCGCCUCACCUUCGACAGUGCCUUCAAAGGGAAGUCCAUGAUGUACCACGACAGCCCGUGCUCUGACGGCUACAUCUACAUCCCGCUGGCCUUCCUGCUCAUGCUCUACGUGGUCUACCUGGUGGAGUGCUGGCACUGCCACGCCCGCAACGAGAUGCAAUACAAGGUGGACGUGGAGGGCGUGUACGAGCGGAUCCAGCGCAUGCAGCAGGCCAAGCCGUGCAUCUGGUGGAAGGCCAUCAGCUACCACUACGUGCGUCGGACACGGCAGGUGACGCGCUACCGCAACGGCGACGCCUACACCACCACGCAGGUGUACCACGAGCGGGUCAACACGCACGUGGCCGAGGCCGAGUUCGACUACGGUCACUGCGGGGUGAAGGACAUCUCCAAGCAGCUGGCGGGCCUGGAGAAGGCUGCGCUGACCAAGCUGCGUUUCACCAAAUGCUUCAGCUUCGCCAACGUGGAGUCGGAGAACUCCUACCUGACCCAGCGGGCGCGCUUCUUCACCGACAACGAGGGCCUGGACGACUACAUGGAGGCGCGCGAGGGCAUGCACCUGAAGAACGUGGACUUCCGCGAGUUCGUCAUCUCGUUCUCGGACCCGGACCACCACCCCUGGUACGUCUCCAACUACGUCUUCUGGGCCACGGCGUUCCUGACGCUGUCCUGGCCGCUGCGCGUGCUGGCGGAGUACCGCACCGCCUACGCGCACUACCGGGUGGAGAAGCUGUUCGGCGCCGACUACCUGCCCGUCACGCCGUGCGAGGACCGGCCGUACGGCCGCCGCAUCCCGCGGGUCAACACCAUCGACAGCACGGAGCUGGAGUGGCACAUCCGCUCCAACCAGCAGCUGGUGCCCAGCUACUCGGAGGCCGGGCUGAUGGACCUGGCCCAGCGCUCGGGCGGCUUCGGGCGGCAGAACUGCGAGCGGUGCCACCGCGCCAUCAGCAGCUCGUCGGUGUUCUCGCGGAGCGCGCUCAGCAUCUGCGGCGGCAACAACGGCGGCGGCAGCCCGCGGCUCCCGUUCAGCGGCAGCCGCUUCUCGCUGGGCCGCCUGUACGGCUCGCGGCGGAGCUGCCUGUGGCGCAGCGGCAGCGGGAGCCUGGACGAGCCCGAGAGCCCCAGCGAGAACACGCGCUGCCUGGCGGGGCCGCGCCCGCCGCGCCCGCCGCCCAACGAGGAGGACCCGCCGCCCUACCAGGACGCGCUCUACUUCCCCGUGCUGAUCGUGCACUGCAGCGAGAGCUGCCCCAACCACCGCUCCUUCCACCGCAACGGUUCCUGCGUCGAGACGUCGCUCUGAAAAAGGAACCCGAGAAACCAGCCAGUCGCGACCAGGGAACGGGUGGAGGUGGAACGGAACUUUACACGCAUACAAAAUACACACUUCACCUCAGCGUCAUGGAGUUUUCAUCUCAAUCUCCUGUCACUCAGGAACCAAAUAGCUCGGUGUUGGGACGCUGUGCAGUGGUCUCCCCAGGACCACAGUGCGUUGGGACUGGAUACACUGCUGACAGAAGCCCGAAAUAUCAUAUUCAACUUGUGUGUGUGUGCGGGGGAAAGUGUCUCUGUUUUGUACAUAGCUCAGCAAUUAUGGCAUUAUUCUCACCGUCAUAGCAAUAAGGUGUACAGCACAGCCACUUGACCGUGUCUCAAACCGCCUACUUGUACACUUGACCGUGUCUCAAACCGCCUACUUGUACACUUCAAACUACUUAGUGUAAGUAUAUAGCGCAGAUGUUGGGACAGUACUACUAACCAUCGGAAAUCUGGCACAAUGCAAGUAAACGUUUGUAUGUACAGUAUGCGGUUUGACACACGGGCACUGUCAUCACACAGAAGUAGAAACUGAGCUUUCAGAAGACCCUCGGUUCAGAGACGUGUCUGCUUGUCUACACAAUCGCAUUUUUGGGCUGGACUGAAAAUACUCCUGGGUGCACAGGACUCAAGUUUUUCAAGUUUUUAUCUUGAGUCUUUGUUUUAAUGGACAGGUGGUAGUACCACAGACCACGUUGCACUUAAGUGUCCAAUCUAACUGACUGUCGUAUUUUAUAAGACUUUGAGCAACUUUCCAAGAUUUAUUGUUAUUCGUCAUAUUCCAUGUAGACACUGGGAAUGCUUGACGCUGUAAUCAUAAAAUGUACAUACCUGCGUCUUAGCAAUGAUAUUGUAUGUGGCAUUCUUUAUAAUGCAGCAUUACUGUAGAUCAAUCAUUAUUUGAGAAAAAUGGGCAUACACAUAUACAUUGCCAAUAACUGAUACCAAAUGAGUAAAAACAGCGUUUGGUUACAGUGGCAUUGGGAUGCCUGUGAUGGCAAAUAUGUUUCGCAAAUGUAUUGUGUGUAUUUUAUAACGUGUUGUAAAUUGGUUAUACACUGUUGUUCAUCGUAAGUUACUGUAUGUAACCACCAUAUACCCUCUAUAUCUCUGAAGGUGAAAAAAUGCAACUGGCUAUGCAACGAUCAACCUCUGCUUAUAUACUACAAGUGUACAUAUGAUUUUAAAAAAGAAAUGUCAGACUGUUGUAAGUUUUGUAAAUGGCUGAAGCUAAACGUGUGUAACCCGAAAAGCAUACGGAUGUUUCAUGACAAGAGGCAUUGUCAAAGGAUGUGCUAAAAUGUGCAAGCUGAAUGUAGACCGAAUGGUAUUGGUAAUCUGACCAAAUUGUAAAAUCUAUUGAGGAGCUGUGAAUGAUAGGUCCACUGGUUGUGGGCAGCCCAAAGACGUCGAUCAUCAUCAUCUGCCUGCGCAGCCUCAAAGGUGGUUGUUGAAAAUAUGACCUUUUUAUUGUGUAAACCACUUUUAUACUGCCUAUACACAAGAUCACAACUCAGCAAAAAAAAGGUUUCACCACCAUCACACUGUUGCCUUUAUGUAGCACAGACGGUACAAAUGUUGCGAAGCAUACAUAUAUUGGUGCAGUAUUGUGAAUAAUACUAGAUCAGAUAAUAAAAAGGAAAAGCAAUUAUUGUCAUGAUAAUGUUCCUUAAUGGAUUAUGUCAUUUAACAUAAAAAUAAUAAAGCGAUGUGAG